GGGCCGUUUUCCAUGAAGGCGAGGCGUGUGUGUGAGGGGAGGAGGAACAUGUCACGCUCUCUGCUGCUGUUUUGCCCCAAAACUUCUGGAAAGUUGACAUGAAGUAAACUGUUGUCACAUCUGAACCCCUUUCUGUGGGUGUGGACCACCGCAGAAAAACACUUCAGACAGACGGGGCCGGAUUUAAAACUCAACAUCUUUACUUGUUUGGGAAGCAGGAGCGAAAGUUAUGCCUGCAUGAUUACCCGGGAUUAUUACUUAUUUUCUUCUAAGAACCCAGAUUUGUAAUUUACAUGACUUUUUUUGGAGUUGGCCACGCCAUGGUGCAUAAAUAUGACACAGAGCGAGCAGUGGGGCUGCUCAGACGCUACCAGGCCAACCUAACCAGCCCAGAGGAGCAGGCCCUGAAGAACAGCGUGGGCAAAGUCUCUUCCAUCUUGGGCAGUCAGCUGUUCCAUGCCCUUCUUGAUAUUCAAGAGUGUUACGAGGUGACCUUGCAACUGAACACAGAACAAACUGUUGUGAAAGAGGACAGCAGCCAGGAUGCGUGGGAGGACCAGACCCAAGACCAGGACCAAGAGGAAGAGGAGGGUGUAUCUCGGGUGCGAGUGACCAGCAGGAGGAGCCCUCACAAAGUGGAGCGUGUUUCGGGCCUGGUGACCCUGUCCCAUGUCGAUGUGCCAAAGGCCAACCCUCCCCCCAUCAUCGUCAACGCAGACUCACUAGAUGCAGGCCCUUAUGUAAAUGGCAGUGAUGGGAUGUAUAAAUACGAAGAGAUCAUCUUAGAGAGGGGGAACUCUGGCCUGGGCUUUAGCAUCGCUGGAGGAAUAGACAAUCCCCACAUUCCUGAUGAUCCGGGGAUCUUCAUUACCAAGAUUAUCCCAGGAGGAGCAGCUGCUAUGGAUGGAAGGCUUGGGGUGAAUGACUGUGUGCUGCGUGUGAAUGAUGUGGACGUGUCGGAGGUGGUUCACAGUCGGGCAGUGGAAGCCCUGAAGGAGGCGGGGCCAGUGGUGAGGCUGCUGGUCCGACGGAGGCAGGCACCACCCGAGACGAUUCUGGAGGUCAACCUGCUGAAAGGACCCAAAGGGCUUGGAUUCAGCAUCGCUGGGGGGAUCGGCAACCAACAUAUCCCAGGAGAUAACAGCAUCUAUAUUACCAAGAUCAUAGAAGGAGGAGCUGCCCAAAAAGAUGGACGGCUGCAGACCGGAGACCGCCUGCUAGCUGUGAACAACAUCGUGCUACAGGAUGUGCGUCAUGAGGAGGCAGUGGCUGCGCUGAAGAACACCUCCGAUAUGGUUUACCUCAAGGUGGCCAAGCCUGGACCUGUGCAUCUCAACGACAUGUACGCGCCUCCAGACUACUCCAGCAGCCUGGCCCUCCCUCCAGCCUUCCCCACCAUGGUGGACAACCACGUCAGCCACAACUACAUGGGGGCAAUGGAGCCCAAGCCAGUGUACCCGCCGCCCCAGGUCACCCCGUCCAGGUACUCGCCAGUCCCCCGCCACAUGCUGGGGGAGGAAGACUUCACGAGGGAGCCGAGGAAGGUGUUGCUGCACAAGGGCUCCACAGGCCUGGGCUUCAACAUCGUUGGCGGAGAAGAUGGAGAAGGCAUCUUCGUCUCCUUCAUCCUGGCAGGAGGGCCGGCUGACCUGAGCGGCGAGCUGAGGAGGGGCGACAGGAUUCUCUCGGUGAAUGGAGUGAACCUGAGGAACGCCACACAUGAGCAGGCGGCUGCAGCGCUGAAGAGAGCCGGACAGACUGUCACCAUCAUAGCUCAGUACAGGCCUGAAGAGUACAGUCGCUUUGAGUCCAAGAUCCACGACCUGAGGGAGCAGAUGAUGAACAGCAGCAUGAGUUCUGGAUCAGGCUCCCUGCGCACCAGUGAGAAACGCUCCCUCUAUGUCAGAGCUUUGUUUGACUACGACCGAACGAGGGACAGCUGCCUGCCCAGCCAAGGCCUGAGCUUCUCUUACGGGGACAUCCUCCAUGUCAUAAAUGCUUCUGACGACGAGUGGUGGCAGGCGAGGCUGGUCACACCACAUGGAGAGAGCGAGCAGAUUGGGGUCAUUCCGAGCAAGAAAAGAGUGGAGAAGAAAGAGCGGGCCAGGUUAAAAACAGUCAAGUUCCACGCCAGGACAGGCAUGAUUGACUCUAACAGGCCAGUCAAAGUAAAGCGCAAAAAAAGCUUCAACCUCUCACGCAAGUUCCCGUUUUACAAGAGCAAGGAGAAUAUUGUGCAGGAGUUGGUGGAGUCUGAACAAUGCCUGACAUCCAACACAAGUGACAGUGAAAGCAGUUCGAAGGGACAGGAGGACACGAUUCUUUCCUAUGAGCCCGUCAUUCGACAGGAAAUCCACUACACAAGGCCUGUGAUCAUACUGGGCCCAAUGAAGGACAGAGUAAAUGAUGACCUCAUCUCUGAGUUUCCCCACAAGUUUGGCUCCUGUGUACCCCAUACGACUCGUCCGAGGCGAGAGAACGAGAUGGACGGCCAGGACUACCACUUUGUGGGCUCGCGGGAGCAAAUGGAGAAAGACAUUCAGGAUAAUAAAUUCAUUGAGGCCGGCCAGUUCAAUGAGAACCUCUACGGGACGAGCAUCUUGUCUGUCAGAACUGUGGCUGAGAGGGGGAAACACUGCAUCCUGGAUGUGUCUGGGAAUGCCAUAAAACGACUGCAGCAAGCACAACUUUAUCCGAUCGCCAUCUUUAUUAAACCAAAAUCCAUUGAAGCCCUAAUGGAAAUGAACAAGAGGCAGACGUACGAGCAGGCCAAUAAAGUCUUUGACAAGGCAGUUAAGCUGGAGCAAGACUUUGGAGAGUAUUUCACAGCUAUUGUACAGGGUGACUCACUAGAGGAGAUCUACAACAAAAUCAAGCUAAUCAUCGAGGAGCAGUCCGGUCCGUACAUCUGGAUCCCCUCCUCAGAGAAGCUCUGAGCGCCCUGCCGUCCCCUCUGCAUCGGCGCAGAGCUCCCCUCCUGCCUCCCAGAGACCCCACCCAAGCCCAAAUAGCCCCCCCCUCCCCUCCUCACCUCCUUUUUGCAGAUAUGUUUCAUAUCAAGUUUUAGUGUCAUCAUUAUGUUACUCUCUAAAUGAAAAAGAAGUCUUAUCACCAUUACUGUGACUGUGCACACCCCUGCAUGAGUUUCUCAACAAAUCCAUUCAAGACUGGAAAUGCCAUUCCAAAGGAACCUGUCAAUGAAAACAAAAGGGAAAAGGAAAAAAUCCUUUUGUGAACUGGGACUGACUGAAGAUCAGAAUGUUUUACAGAAAUACGGAGACAGACAGACAGACAGACAGAGAGAGAGAGAAAGAGGAGUCGGGAUUCAAAAAGAAGUCGCAGGGAAACAGAGACAAAUCAUACCAAGUUGGAACACUUUGUAAAUGUUCAUCAAAUCACGUUUAAAAAGACACGCAAGAUGAGAAGCGAAGACCAAUUAAGGAUUUUCUUUUUCUUUUUCUAAAGACUGGAUAAAAUGGAGCCCUGCUGAUGGUACUGUUCAAGGAGUCAUCUCUCUUGUUUAUAAUGACUGAGGAAAUUAGUGGAGCCUACAAACUGGUGAUCUAUUUAUCACAAACCAGCUUGCUGUUUGGUCGUCUGCCAGUUGUCUGUGCUGCAGCUGAUAAAGACAUCUCGGGAGGCAGAUCAAGAGGAAGACGUGCGUUGUGAAUCUCUACAUUUAUAUUAUGAAAUCACAAGAUAAAUGAUAAAAUCCCACUGAGAUUUUACUACAUAUUAAAAACUACACAUUUUACACUUCACUAGAAUUGUCAAUUUGGAGGGCUGUUAGAUUUCAUUUUUGUUUUUCUUUUUUGUUUUCUUUCUUUGUGGGAUUUUUUGCUUGUGGUUUUUAGCUGCUCUGUGUAAAGGACGGGGGUAGAGAAGUGUAACUGGGCUCUCUGCAAAACACCAAACUGCCUUACAUCAAAUACAAAUUCUGUUUUGUGACUACCUGUUGUAUGUGAGGGAGGCUGCACACAAUUUAACAAAGGAAAAGAGAGGAAAAACUUCUUUUUCGGACUUUUUUUCUGUCCUCCGACUGCCAGGAGGCCUGACUCGAGUGCAAUAGAUAAAACUAAAGUCUCACCUCUGUGGGCGCCUUUUCUCCCCCGCUGUACUUCAACCUUCCUUCCUGCAUAAUUUAAAGAAUUUGGCCAUUGGAUUACAAUUUGGACAGCCAAAGCCUCCUAACUCAUGUUGAGCAGCAGACCACCCGAUUACACUCUCUGCCUUCCAAGAGGAUUCUCUUCUGAUUGAAUGGUCACAUGGUACUGUCCUAUCUGCCGCCACGACGGCGACCUUAAAACGGGUAGAACAAGACAAUAAUUGUAUUGGAUGUCCUAACAAUUAAAGAGUCAAUAUAACCUGUUUUGGAUUGUCCCCCCUGUCCCCCUACCAAAAAUAACACUAAAGUUGGGUUUGAUUAAAA